AUGCCGUCCUAUCAAUCAAUCCAAAGCGUGCUGAACUUCAUGUGGGGUAAAGGCCACAAGCUGGACAUCCGCACCAACCUGAAAGAAAGAACAAUCAUGGUGAGGAUUCCCAAUGAAUACAUCAGAACCAAAGUUCUUGAAAAGAAGAUAUGGUACGUCGCACCGCCAUGUUCCAUGUCUCUCCCUGACUGUCUUACUGCCCCCCCUGAACUCCCAUCCAAAACUCCCCCCCUUGCUAAACUUCCCCAAAAACCUCCACCUAAUAUUUCCCCCAACAUUGAACCUGCUGCCCCCAAGUCCCCCACUCACAAGUCUACUACCACUCCCAAGUCCCCCGCCCACAAGUCUACUCCCACUCCCACCUCUGAUCAUCCCCCGGCCUCAGUGACUGCUUCUCAGCGCAUUGAGGGAGAAAAUUUGCAAAAGAACUUUGAAUCUGAUCUACAAGAGAUCAUGGAUGAAGACCUUACCCCCAUCACCCUCCCUACCAUCAACCCCCCACCUUCUCAUAAAACCGCCACCCUCCCUCUAAAAACUCUCUCACUCCCAUCCUUCUCCCAACCCUCCCCUGUAUCUGAUUGCGUCACCUUCACAAACCUUCCCCUAGAGGCCCCGUUCAUAAUAGGCCUCCAAGCUCUCCCCCAUAUAAACCGUCGUAUCACACCUUUUAAACACAGACCCUCCUUCAAAAAACAACUCCCUCGCCAGAAACUGUCUCUCAAAAACUCCUUUGCUACCCUCGAUCUUUCUGAGCCUUCAUCACCCACCUCCGACUCCUCCACUCCGCCUGCAAAUAACCCCGAAUCCUUUUUUGUCCCCCCCAACAGUCUAACUAACCAAGAUCCCCCUUUUGUUCCCCCUCCCACUCUACCUUCUGUACCUACCGAGGAACCGCUCCUUCAUAAUGGAGUGGCUCCACAACCUUCCCUAUGA